GCCACGGGCACAGAGCCACAGACCACGCCUUCUGCUUCUCCGGUUCUCCCUGCCUCACUCCGCGGAACAUCCCCGCGUUUCCCACCCCGUUCUUGUGCUGUCUGUGUUGCCAGCUCUUCUCCUCCAAUGGCGUCAAGGGCGGCGCUCCUCCUCUGCGUUUCGGUGGUCCUCGCCGCAGCAGCCGCUGCCGAGGCCAGGGACUUCGUCGUCGGCGGUGCCAACGACGGCUGGAAGGCGCAGGUGCAGCCUGACGCGCUCACCAAGUGGGCCUCAGUCCUCCGCUUCCAGAUCGGCGACAAGCUCGUGUUCAAGCUCGACGGCGCGGCGGACUCGGUGCUGGAGGUGACCCGGGACGACUACAACCGCUGCAGCACGGCGGCUCCGCUCGCCACCCACAAGGCCGUCGCCGGCGGCAGCGCCGCCACGGUGCCGCUGCCCCGCUCCGGGCCAUACUAUUUCGUCGGCAGUGCUCCGGGCAGCUGCAAAAAGGGCGAGCGCCUCCUCCUCAUCGUCCUGUCGGAGAAGCACGGCCGUGCCCGCCUCCGGGGCCUCGCGCCCGUGCUGGCCCCGGCGCUCGCGCCCGAGGCUCAGUCCCCACUUGCCGCCAGUUCCGUUGGGGGCCCUGCCGCGGCGCCGGCGCCAGCCACCGGGGCGGCCGGGAGGACGGCGGCUGCUGGGAACGGUGGUCAGCUGCUUCUCGGCGCCGCCGCCGUUCUUGGGGCUCUGCUUGUUGGGUGGUAGUGGCGUUUUGUGUACUUUGAUUCGUUUUGCUUGCUGUUAAGCUCAAAGGAAACAAGGAAAGGGUCUGCUUCUUCUUCUGUCUGUAGAAGAAGAGAGGGUAGUUUGUGGGGCCUAGUUUGUGUGGGAGAUGAUCAAUCAUAAAUGGAUAAUUCACAAAUCAUGACAUGGUUGCAUCAAGUUUUUACUACUCCUUUGGGCAAUAAGAGCCACCGAAAUGUCGUGUUA